AUGGUCGGGGAUAACACCCUGCAGAAUCGUCUAGAGGAUCCCAGCGCAGCUCUCGGCACGCACGGCUUCGUGCCCCAGGCAGUAGAAGACCAGCUUCUUCGCGAUGGCCCCGAACUCGCGAGCCACCUGGAGAGCCUGGUCAUCGAACCUCAGCGAAGGCACGUAGCGCGAAGAGGGAAGAAGCCCAAAGAUCGAUCAAAAGUCCUGCACGUCGAUGAGCUGCACCCGCUGACUGCUCAGCAGGAUCAUCGCGUCGUGCGGGGACACGAGCUUCAUCGCGCGGCGGAGCCGCGGGCGCGGAAUGCAUGGCUGGCCGCCUCCCGCGCCUCAGACCGGUCACCUUGA